CGGAAGCAGCGCUGAAGCGAGCCGGCGGGAGCGAAGCGGCGGCAACGAGGAAGAGGAGGAAGAGGACGGCCGAGCCUGCGGGCGGGCACAUGGCAGCGCUGCCCACCCGAGGACCCGGAGGGAGAGAAUGAGUACAUGUUGCUGGUGUACACCAGGUGGUCCCGCUACUACCAAGCUACUAGCAAAUUACGCCUCUGCUGCCCUGUCUUCGGAGGAUUUUGCUGCCGCCAACGAUGACCUCUGUUACUGUCUGGAAUGCGUGGAGGAGUACCACAGAGCGAGAGAUGGGAUUCCAUCUUUGCACCAGAUCCUGUGGGAUUUGGAAGUUAUCCGUCUCGUUGACCACUUUGAGAAGUCCAUGCGAGUGGACGAUGAAAACGACCUCUACUUGGUGGAGGAAGACAGAGUGAAGCCCUGGACCUUGUGUUGCACUGGUCCUAAUUUUGAGAAGCGCCUCCGGGUGCCCUUGCUGGAAGUCCUCAAGUAUCCGUACCUGCUACUUCAUGAACACCUCAGCGAGCUGUGCGUAGAAGCUCUCUGCAAAAUGGAGGAAAUGAACUACUUCUACCAAGUAGUUGGCAAGCAUCCCGGUAUCUAUUUACUCCUGGUGCACCCCAAUGAAACGAUCCGCCAGUGGGCCAUCCUGACCGCCAGGAACCUGGGCAAAGUCGACCGAGACGAUUAUUAUGACAUCCAAGAAGUGCUGAUCUGUUUGUUCAAAGUGAUAGAACUGGGCCUCUUCGAAAACCCGGAUAUCUAUAGCUCAUUGGGGGUUGAGAAAACCAGACUAGUCCUGUUGCCUCCCCAUCUGUAUGAUACUGGCAAUUAUAAGAACUAUUGGCUUGGUCUCUGUAUGCUGCUCUCAGUGCUGGAAGAACAAGCAAUGGAUUCAUUGAUGCUCGGACCGGACAAACAGAAUUUCAUGCAGUCUAUCAUGCACAUCAUGAAAAAACAGACCGAUGGUGAAAUCGAUGACCCCUUUUGGCCCGUCCUCCACUGUUUCAUGGUGAUCCUAGAUAAGUUGGGAUCCAAAGUGUGGGGUCAGUUGGCGGAUCCUGUCCGCGCGUUCCAGGCAAUCAUCAAUAACGCCAGCUAUAAGAAGGAAAUAGAGAGCAUUCGACAAAAGUGCUCCAGCACCAAAUCAGAGCCACCAUCCGACUACGAAGAUGUAAUUACCUGCAGCCAAAUUGUAUAUAACUACAACCCAGAAAGGCUCCAGCAGGACUCCAGACUGAGGACUGCUGCUUGCUUGGACUACUGCCCCAACUUUUAUGAAGACAUGCAGACCCUGACCGACAUAUUCCAGUAUGACAUCGGGCGGGACAUGCGCCUGCACUACAGCACUUUCCUCUGGUUCAUUCCUUUCUUCCAUUCCCUGAUGGACCUCAAGGAGCUGGGUGUCGCCUACAGCAUAGUGGUCAUCCAGCACCUCUGUUCCGAAGUCAAGGAGGUCCUACACCACGCCGACCAGCCAUGCGACAAAGUGUCUCAGUUUUUCAUCUGGAUCCUCGUGGCGGUGGUGGAGCUCAGCCUGAAGAAGAAGUGCUUCAAUGCUUUGUGGGCCAGCUCUCAAAACUGGGUGGAGGUGGUGGUGGUGUGCGCCGGGCUUCCAAGCAUGGCGUUCGCUGGCGGAGCCGAGCGGGACAUGGCCAGGAAUGGACCCAGGCGCCUCACAAAAGUGCCCUCAUGGGAACCAGAUUCCAUACAGUCUGUUUGCAUGAAUUUGAUCCGGGUUCUCCUAAAGGAAGGCUACCAGAUGGGACAGAAGGCCUCCCUGUUCCUGGACGAGCUGAAUUUGCUCCGGCGUAGUCACAAAGACUGGAACCUGAGCCCCCAACAGGCGCAGGAAUUACAGACCUGCUUGAUUGACAUCAUAGGAAGCCUCUGGGCUAAGUCAUCGAGCGCUUCCUCCCACGGAGAGCAUCUGACCAGCCUCAUCAGAGGACCAGAGGGCAGAAGUCCAGGAUAUCUUCCUCAAGAAGAGAGUUUAUGCGAGAAGAAAUAUAGCUUGGAUGAGGAAGCCAAGGGGUCCAUUUGUGGAGAGCAAAGCCAUCAGAAAAAUUCGGAGCUCCAUUUGACUGACUUUAAGCAGGAAGCUAAACAGGGUUUAAUGCAUGAGGAGCACAUCUUGCAUUCUACCUCAACGGGGGGACCCAACCAGAACAAUGGAAGCUUCCACUCGAUCCUGGUGAACCAGGAUAGCUCCCUAAACCAAAGCAGUUUUGACAAAGACUUUCAGAAGAAAGAGCCCAGUGGGAAGGAAGAGAAGCUCGGAAUUGCCAACGCUGACCUCCACCAAAAGCCCAGCAGUUCUGCUGUGGAAGAAAACCAGGUUCCGAAAACAAUCCCUGAGAAAAUUGAGUCAAACAAAGCAGACUUCACUUUGAAAUUAAAACAGUUUGUGGAGAGUAGGAAGAGGCUGCUGGGGCCGGAGAGCGAAAAUCAGCAAUCCUUUAAGGAGGAAAAGCAAGAUCACCAGGAAGGAACGUCAAGAAGCACCUCGAGGGAUGGUAGCAGCACGUCCAGUUGGCUUCCCUGCAGACCAUCGCAAAGUUCAGAGAACGGCUUCCAGGCUGAAAUCCUUUCCAUAAAGAAGGAACCCAGAGACAGCUUGGCAGAAUUUAAGAGAACUUGGACAAGCGGGGAAUAUUCAGAAGAAAGUAGCACAGAUGAUGACAUGAAUGUCUCCUUGAUGGAUAUUAGGAAGGACCUGAUGAGAAAGAAAUCGGUGGUCCAAGCAACAGAGCCCGAAGUAGACAGAGAGGAUAGAUUAUAUUUAGCUGAUCGUCAAGAAAGUAACUUGAUUCCUAUUCAAAGAAAAGUUCAAGGGGCGUGUAGGUCUCUAUCUGAGAGCAAAGGUCCCACGUUGCCCCCUGGAACAGGUGGGCCUUCAAGCCAAGUCAUCAUCAUUUCGGACACGUCUUCCGACGAAGAAGAGAACAAAGUGAACUUGAGCCGGAGGAGCCAAGAAGACGACGUUAGCAGUGGGUCCCUUCAGAAGGACCACGAGGCCAACAAACAAGAGGUCAUAACCGCUUCCAGUUCCCCGUUGUACGGGGAAUGUGAAUCGCAGUGCUUUGAGUUUGAAACCGAAGACGAGAUCUACUCCGUUUGGCGAGACAGCCAGUUGGACGAGACAGCGGAGGCAGGUGUUCUUCCAGGGAAGACCGCUGGCAGGCGCGACUUGGCAUUGGCUAGGUGCCUUAGCGAGCAGGAUGAUGAUACAGACUGUCUUGGGGAUGACGUUAUCGAAAAAGCCGCGCAAGAAUUGGAACAGCAGGUGGAAGUCGGUAAAACCAAACCGAAACUUCCUGUCCAAGCCAACGAGGAAAAUGUCAGCGAGGGAAGCACCACUGUUUGUUCCAGGUAUUUCACAGCCACGCACGACGACGACGGCCGGGAGUCUCCCAGACAGAGGUCAGCUUCCGCAUCCCCUACGCCACUAUCACCACCAGCAUCUGGUGGAUCUUUGACACCGUCUCUGGAACCAGCUCCCGGACCAAGGAAGAGUUUGGCCAAAUCCAAGUGUCUCAACACCGCUCCACCAAGUCCUGAGGAAAGGAGGCCUUUGACCGAAAAGGAAUCGGCCCGUGAGACGCUGCCUGGAUUGCCUCGUCCUUUCGUGGUCCCCCCCAAGAAAGUCCACCAUUUCCCCGAGCCGACGUCCACCGUCGAAAAGCUGGGCCUGAAGAAGAAACCCCGCAAAGCUGCCGAGCUCUCCCAGCGGUCUCACGACACCCUGGCCCAGUUGCGUAGCCAUGGAAAAACAGCCGGGCAGCUUCCCCAGAAGAACCAGAAGAGGAGGAAGCCCAAACUGAUUGAACCUCGGCGGAUGCUUAUCCGGAACAAAGCGCUGUUGGCCAGCCAAGAACGCCAGUUCUUCAGGCAGUCAAGGUCCAAGGAGAAGAAGAAGAAAGGGGAGGAAGUCCCCAGAGCAAAGAAGCCUCUUCCCAAGAAAACGGUGGAAUCUACUGGUAAGAAGGUGGUUGACAAUCCAAAAGGAAAACCAAGCCAGGGCAAGAGUUCUUCUAACCACCUGAAGAAAUUGCUACCGCCGCAUUCGCGAGAGGACGAUGGGUCCCAUUCUGCAUCUCUGGAGAGAGAGGGUCUCCCAUCAUCAAGGCAGGAGACUUUCAGUCCCGAUUCAGCCGUUCCAGGGUGUUCCACCUCUGCUCCAGGGAGUGUCUGCUCUUCAAGUGACGUUAGCGGGGCCAACUCGGGUUCCUCUUCUGAUUGGCGCAACAAGAACUCGAGCGAGAAUGCGUCUGGGUUAAAGGAGGACUUGUUCCUAACCCAGAGAGACCCGGUAGACAUGGAGCUUUGCUCGCUAGACGAAAGUAGCAGUAGCUCAGAAAAUGGAGAUGAUCUCCUGACCUUGCAGGAUCAACUUCAGGCCGUUGAGAAAGGCAGACACCCCGGAUGUCCCAAAACGGCAGAAGUAGCCCAAGUCCACCCUCUGCCUCACCCUCCAGAUCACAUCUUUGCCAAGCCCUGCAUGCUUGCCAAGCCUUCCACGAAGAAAACCUUCACCUCUGUUGCUUCCUCUCGGAUUGCCAGCCUCUCCAGAGACAUUGAGAGCAGCUCCGUGCAGGUGGCCAAGCCCAAAUCCAGCCUGGCCCACUUUGCUGCCUUGAAGGCGGACGACCUGAGGCCCAAGCUGACUCUGGUCAAUCUCCUUGGCCCUAGGAAUGGAAAUAACCUCUCAACACAGCCCUACGGUGUCCAACAAAACAGCCGCCUGGUCAGUACACGCUCCGACACAGGUCAGGAGACAUGCCCGUCCUUUGCCCGAGUCACCAGUUCUCACAACCAGCCUAGAGACCACAGCAUUUUCACCAAAGAAAUCCUGAAGUGGAGCUAUGAUAUGUUUGCCAACUUCAAGGAGCUGGGACCACCAAACCAUCUCUUGCAGGCAGUUGUGAACUCUGUUCCGGUCAAGUUUCAGAACUACGAUGACUAUUUUAAGACUUUCUUCCCUUUGAUGAUGCUCAAUGCCUUUGAAGAGGUCACAUGUGAAUGGCUGGACAACCAGAAACUGAAGAAAUCAAAGCCUUUUCAUUUGACCUUACUGAAUUUCAACAUGGACUUAAACAAGGCAGAUUUCACAGCUAAGAUUUCCCAGCAUGACCUAGAAACUCAGCAGUACCCCAAAGAAGAUGAUGUGGUUUUCCUGAUAGUAUCUGACAAACGGUUCUACUACGACGAACGAGACAGGGAGAGCCACGUCGUUCGGCAUGUUGGCUUCGUGACUCGUUUUUCUCAGCCUUCCAGUCAGAACAUUAAAAAGGAGCAACAGGUCACCUGCCACCUCUCCAUCCAGACUCAAGGAAAUCUCUCGCGCGUCGAGAAGAAUGUGAAGUGCAUGGUGGUCAGCUCUUUGGCGACAACCCACCGGAGGUUCCAGGCCCUCUUGAUGCUGAAUCGCAGCCCGUUAGCCGUGCCCAUCCUGUCUCCAAGUGCCUCCUACUUCUCCCCGAGAGAUUUGAACACCGAGUCUGAGAAAUCGCUUCCUUACAUGAAGGACUUCAAUGAAGGGCAGAAGCGAGCUAUUGAAAGUGCUUACGCCAUGAUAACCCAGCACCCAUCUUCACCCAAGGUCUGCUUGAUCCAUGGGCCACCAGGGACAGGAAAGUCGAAGGUGAUCGUUGGGCUUCUCCACCGCAUCCUUGAUGAGAGAUCAGGAAAAGAGAAUUCCAUCCAGAGGCUGAACGCCAAGAUCAAGACGCACCGCAUUUUGGUUUGUGCGCCUUCCAACGCUGCCAUCGAUAACCUCAUGAAAAAAAUUAUUUUGGAAUUCAAAAAAUUCCGGGAGAAAAACGCUUUAGGGAAUUGUGGUGACAUCAACCUGGUCCGUCUAGGACAACAGAAAUCGAUCAACAGCGAAGUCCGGAAAUUCAGCUUGGAUGAUCAAAUCGAUCACAAGAUCAAUAAGGCCAUGCUUGGUAAAGAUCAGGAUCUGCAGAAGAAGAAGGAAGAUUUAGAUCGGCGGUUGGACGCUCUGUCUCGUCGGCGGGCCAUGGACAGAAGUGAGAAGGGGGAGAAGAAACAACAAUUGGAGGAUGAAAUUUGCCAGCUCUCGAAGGAGAGGGAGCGCUUGGGUUCUCAACUCAAAGAGGCUCGCAGGCGAUCUCAGGAAUUGAAAUCAAGCAUCAUUUUGGAAUCCCAUAUCAUCUGCUGCACCCUGAGCACGAGCGGAGGGGUGCUGCUGAAAUCGGCUUUCCAGAGGCUGGGCGGGGACCCCGUCAGCUGCGUGAUUGUGGACGAGGCGGGGCAGGCGUGCGAGGUCGAAACGCUCAUCCCUCUGAUUCAUGGCUGUAAGAAACUUGUCCUGGUUGGAGACCCCAAACAGCUGCCUCCCACCAUCAAGUCCCUGAGAGCUCAGGACUACAGAUACGACCAGUCUCUGCUAGGGCGUCUCUGCAAGCAUCUCAAGGAACAAGAUCAAGAAAAUAUCUCCGGAAAAUUUCCAGUCCUUCAGCUCACCAUUCAGUAUCGGAUGCACCCAGAAAUCUGCCAUUUUCCAUCCAAAUAUAUUUAUGAACGGCUCUUGACCACUGACAGGAAAAUAGCGGAGGAUCGUUUCUCCUUGGCGUGGCCUUUCCAACCUUACAUGCUUUUCGAUGUCUUAGACAGCCGCGAGGAACGAGAAAACGACUCCUAUUAUAACCCCCAAGAAGUGACGCUGCUGGCAGAGCUCAUGAGGGUCAUUAAAGGGUGGAAGAAGGAUAUCAGCUCGCGCCAAAUUGGGAUCAUCACCCCUUACAACGCGCAGAAGAGGAGGAUUCAGAAGCAGCUGGACAGAGAAUUUGGGGAAAACAGCGUCGGGGAAGUUGACACCAUAGACGGAUUCCAAGGCCGCGAGAAAGACUGCAUUAUUGUCACCUGCGUGCGGGCAAACAGCCCGCAAGGAUCGAUUGGGUUCCUGAAAAGCCUACAGCGCCUGAACGUAACUAUCACCCGAGCCAAAUACAGCCUUUUCAUUCUCGGGAAGCUGGAAACGCUCGUGGAGAACGGAGACUGGAACGAGAUGAUCCAGGACGCCAAACGCAGAGGGAACAUUGUCCACACCGCCGAGAAGACUUACAAAACCUACGCCACGGAAAUCGUCAAACCCAGGCUGCUUUCCCGCACCGGAGUGGCGGCCACCCUACAAAGAGAUGCCCACGAAGUCCCGGCGGCCCUCGGCAGAGCCAAACCCCAGGCGCUCCUCCCCAGCCCAGUCUCCCCCCAGCGCCCUCCCGUCCCCCUUCCUACUCUGGCCGGCCAAAGGACUCCUCAAGAGACACUCAACCAUCGGCCGCCCCCCGUGGCACAGGUCAAACCCAUCCAGGACAGACUGCAGGACCCCCGGCUAUCCAGGCGCGACGAGGCGGCAUUAAAAGCCCACAACCGCCAGGAGGGUCGAGCUCCUGCCUUGCGAGCUUCCUCCGCGCCGAAAUCGGCACCUUGGGCCCUUCAGAGCCAUAGCCAUUCCGUGGACACCCUGGGGGAAACUCCGAGCCGCGCUACACCCGUGCCUGUCCCCCCUCUGCCCAGCAGUGCCCCCCCCUCCAGCAAGACCUCUGACCAGAGGCGCCACCUCCUGACCGAGCGAAGAGAGACCUGGAAAAACCACCCCGCUUAUCCCCGGCAGAUCCCGGAGGCCUCCCGGGAGAAGGACGGCCCCGUUGAGGCCAAGAAGAGGCGCACCACUUUCUGACCUCCCAAGGCCGCCCCGUUCUUGGCCAGGCGUCUUGCGUUCGAGUCUUCCCACCACCUCUUGCCUGGAAGACUUAGAGGGAGAGAGAGAGAGAGUGCGUUUCUUUGCACGCCUGGGUCUAUAUGCAUCAAUACAACCCCGACACACGAGGAGGCCGCUGCUCCCGGAAACAGCCGUCUCUUCAAAGGACUCCAAACUCUGUGAAGGCCUCGCGGGGCCCCGUGUAGAUUUGUACAGCAAAGGAAAGAUUUAUUUUUUAGAGGCAAGGAAACCUGAGUGCCCAUUAAACUCUUCCGUGCCUACAGCGUCCUAUUUAGCGGUGCAGGCGCCCAUCAGUCCAGGACUUCGCCGGUCACCCUCCUGAUACGCGGGGGAGCUGCCCCCUCCUCCCCACCCCGCCUUCAACAAGCCCCUCCUAGAACCCGGGCCUGAAACCCGGCUUUUAUUUCAUGGCUGAUUCUUCGGGGUACAAAACGGGAUUUUUUUGGGGGGGGGAGGAUUUUGCCUGCUCAAUACCGGGGGGCCUUACCUGGCCGGGGGGAGGAAUUGCGGUAGCGACAUCAUCCAUUUGCGCAACUAGCAAAACAACUUCCUGUCUCCAUGAGUGGUGGAGAGAUUGUGCAGUAACUUCCCUCGCCCGUUUUCUGAUCAAAGUGCCUCUGAUUUUUUUUGUUUCGUGAUUCAUUUGGAUUUUUUUUGCAAAGAUACGGAAAGAUUUGGGUUACUA